AAAAUUCACCCGUGCCGGCAUUUAUGAGUUAGUUCUACACGUGUGAACAAGUCGUGUAUUUAGUAGAAAUCGUUGAAAGGAUAAAACAUGAAAAGUUAUUCAUUGGUAUUUGUAACUGUAAUACUUGGGAUUAUGGCAAACGAAGAAAGCGAAGAUAGAACGAAGCGACAAAUAAACGCGUUACCUCUAAUAUAUCCAUAUGGAGCGAUUUAUAAGCUAAUCAUUGGGAUGACUUCACCAAUACCUACCAAGGAUCACGUAAACUUAGCUUUCAUUCUGAAUUUUCAAUACCAAUACAUGCAGUUUCAAAACAUUUCCCAACUCUCUCAAUACUAUAUAAUAAAGGAUGUAUCGAGAGAAGAAAGAGAAGCUGACUGGGCUUCGAGAUAUGAUGAACGUCUUGUGUUUUAUAACUCUUUUGCUGAUAUGUUAGAUGUGAAAGGAAUGAGUGGCCAGGAUUGUGUACACCGAGCAAUUUGCGAAGCUGCCCAGUUCCCAGUAGGCGAAGAUGGUCUAUUUGGUGAAAUCAUUCACGUGUUACUCACGCCCGAUUACGGAAAAAAAAUAUUUGAAGAAGAUUCUACCUGGAAAGAUGAUACGUCUUCUUAUAUAGACGCGGCCACAGCUGGAAGACAAAUGUUUGAAUGCGCGUACAUAUACAACAAGUGUCCUGAAGGCAGUGGGGUUUUAGAUCUGAUAUCAAUACUGACAGAUGGAUAAAGUAUUAAAUAAAAACAUAGUAAAAUAAACUUUGUUUAAAUUAGAAUACCUACUGUAUAUGAACAGCUUAAAAACUCACUCUGUUAUUAAUAGUUAUUUUAAGUCAUUGUGUAGUUUCGCAACUUUACAAUUUUUGAUUUAGUUCAGCUCUCUCUUUCCAGCAUAGCUUAAAGUACAAUUUGACCGAAAGAGAAAAAAGAGUACAGUUUUUGUGUUCAGACAAAUUACUAGUCUUAGGAGGCUUUUAAACUUGUCAGUAUUACUUUUAUUCAUUUGAAGAUCCUUGUUUUUUCUAUGCAAACUCCUUUUUAAACAGAGCACAUUGAACCUAGAGCUGACUGAUAUUAGGUUUUAUUUAAACAAAAUCAACAGUCCCUAACUCAUGGCAACAUUACAGUAAUUGAAGUAAUUAUAUAUUAUUGUUAUAGUAACCUUUAACUUGUAUUGUAUAAUGUUAUUUUCAUGUAUUGUUAUCCUUAUAUUUCUUUUUCUGAUCUGAAACUUCAGGUUAUAUUGGACAAAAUACAUUUGUUAAAUUUAUGUCAUCACUGUAUUAUUUAUAA